AUGGCGGCCCCGUGCCUCCUCGUGCUCUUCUGCUUCCUCGCCGGUGGAGGACGCGCAUCUCCGGCCACAGACGAGCUGCGCCGCGUCUCUUCGUGUGCGGUCGCUGCUGGUACCGAGGAGCGUACCCGGAUCUAUGGGGAGGUGGCAUUCGGCCAUGGCGACGUCGUGGUGGGUCGCGGCCAUGGUGGAGCGGCAGUGCUCGCAUGCUCAGAGCCCAGAGGCAGGACGGGGUGGGGCGCCGCGGUUCUCGGCUUCUCGCGUGCUCAGAGCAGGCGGCGAGAGCACGAGGGUACGGCUCAGCAACAGCACCACAUCCUCUCCGAGAUCUGUUCACUAAAGUUGAGCUUUCUCUUCUCUCUCUCAGAUCUGAACUGGAUGGCCUCACGGGGCCUCAGUGAUGGAGGGCAGCGGUAG